AUGAUACCUUGCUCUGAUGAAGGUCGUCAUGUGACGGACGAAAGCUUGGCAGCUUUUCACCGUAAUCUAAGGAGAUUGCCUCGAAAACAGCGUCACCGUGAAUGUUCCGGUAAAGCCAAUCGACAGCUGGUCAAGAGGAAUCCGCCGUCGUCUUCUGGUGAAACCGACGUUCCGAUCUCUUUACCGCACAUUUUCACUCAAAAUGGAAGUAAACUCGACAAUUAG